AUGAGACUUCCAGCGAAGAUGGUGGCAUCGACCAGGAUUCCCAUCUGGAACUCAGCUUGGGCUACUCUGAAUGCCCAACUCGUGAUGGAGCAUUCUACUCAAACUGAUGCUCCUGUCGCUAUGGGCGGUUACACGUUCAACACGCGCGACUGGGGCGACUACGGCAGUGCACUUGUUGACCAUGCCCCUGAGAAGGCCGCGCCCAAGAUCCCCGGCUGCACCGCGGGCCAGGCCUCGAACAAGAACUGGAAACUGACAGGGCCCGUUCUUCAAGCUUAUAACGCUAUGCGAGGCUCUCGUAUGGCCGCGGGUGACCCCAUGGAAAUUCACGGCCGAAAUUGCAGAAACCCUUCAGGAGCGGCCGUCCAUCGACAAGGCCGCCCGUCAGGAGGUUGCCAGCGUGCCGCGACCGCAGUAUCAGCACAUCAAUCCGCCCAAGGGCUUCAAAUAUCCCGCGCACCCAGCCUCUUCCAUCCACGGCAUCGCCUCUGA